AUGUCAUCACGAAGGAGUGGAAAUAUACAGGAGAUCUACCAGAUAUCAGCAACUACAGACGCCCGGUGGUUGACUGCGCAGCGAAUACUGCUAGUAGCUUGGUUAAUCAUGGGUGUCAUACCUCUCACGCUGCAAAUUCGGAGCUACACACAGUUCGUCCGACCAACCAAGAUGUCCGAAAUCCUCGCCGUACCUCAAGAUCAGCAAAAAGAAACCUCAAAUAUAACGAAAGUUUGCCCUGUGGAAGCGUUUGUGCUGGCUGGAGUCUGGUGGAACUUUGAACCAACACACUACUAUCUCACUGACAAUGGCACCAUUUGCCACGCUGUUGUACCACAAUACAACACACACGGAAAUUACUUCAUCGGGAGCUCUAAAGUUGCUCCACAUCAUACUUCUCCAUCCAGUUGUGAGAACGACAGCUUUCCAUUCGACGUGUACUUUUACCACGCCAGCAUCGGAUUUUACUCGUUCUACGAAGGAGAGACGGGCACAUAUUGUGCCAACGACAAAUUAUCGUACAUUCAAGUGGAUGUUCUUGGCUCGUACGAUAUUAACGGUUCGUUCUUAGCGGAAGAUACGGGUAGUACGAAGUCCAGGGUAUCGUACUGGUAUGGCAUCGUCGGUGCGAUCUGGCUGGUUUAUCGUGCUUUAAUGAUCCGUAGAAGCUACGUCAUGAGCACUCGCUACGGUCGAAGAUGUGACGAAUUAGGAGAAACAAUCAGUCAGGAGCAAGCCGUGGUGUUUGUCCAGGAGAGUCUGCGUUUAUCUGCUCAUGGGGCUUCAAACUAUCAGCGUGCAGUGUUGCUCUAUUUGAUCGUGGAAGGAAUCAUGACGGAUUUAUUUCUUAUCAUCGCGAAUGAUGGCUGGGCCACUCGAGUGCAAUAUGCAUCGUUGGGUUAUAAUUUAUCCGGGUUAAUGCUGCUGCUGUUUGAGAUGGUGGAGAGCAUGAAUUGGCUCAGUGAGAAGUGGAGGAUGCGAAUCAAGCGAGUGUUUUUCAGUUACGAAGUCGCUCUGGUCGGUGAACUUGUCACUGCCCUGGGACUUCAAGCCUUUCUCACUGGAUUAAAUAAGUCAGACUUGAAGCGCUCCAAACCAACAGCUCUCGCGGUGUCCUAUUACUUGUGGAGUUUGAUUUGUCACGGAAUGGUAGUAAUGGUUGUCAUUGGAAUUAUCUCGUCUGUACGUGUGUUGUGGGCAUUAGUGUAUGCGUGGCUUAAACAUCGCUCCUUUGCCAUCCUGUCUGACCCAUGCUGUGUUGACACGGCUCUGGGAGUUAGGAGCAGGAUCAUGCUGCUCAGUGGCUAUUCUUUGGAAGGUGGUGUACUGUACUACAGACCAUCAGCAUUGAAAGCGUUCGGGAUGCUGAAAAUGGAGGAAGAAGGCUCUGAGUAUUUGAUUAUGCACAAAUUGCACUGGUUCACCGUCCCGAGAGACAACUUGAUCGGAAUUGGAGUUAUCACGGGUGCACGAGUGGAACCUUGCAACGAACGGCCUUGUACUGGUAUUGUUAGUUUUCUUGAUAGGAGACUAGGAGGUCCUUCCAACCAGACAAAAAACUACCAAGCUACGGUAAACCAGCGUACGAUAAAAGUUCUGGCUGCGUCAAACGAAAUGAAUGACAUUCCGUAG